AUGGCAAGAAAUAAAUUGAAAAAAUUCACUACUUUGGAGAUUAUCCUUAGUGUUCUUCUGCUCGCAGUGUUCAUCAUCGCUGUUGUUUUAAUUGUGCUUUUAGCAACAGGUUCUACGGAAUCAAAAGCCCCAGAUCCUGGGACCACAAGUAUCACCCCUAAUUCUACUGAAUGCCCAGUGGUAACUGAAUCUGAACGGAUAAACUGCAUCCCUGACCAGCCACCAACAAAGGCUACAUGUGACCUGCGUGGCUGCUGUUGGGAAGCUCAGGGAACCAUAGGUAUUCCUUGGUGCUACUAUUCUAAGAAUCAUGGCUACCAAGUGCAGGGGGAUCCUGUAAACACAAAUGCAGGAUUCACAGCCCAGUUGAAAACUCUGCCUUCUUCAUCCCCAUUUGGAAAUGAUGUUGACAACGUUCUUCUCACAGCCGAAUACCAGACAUCCAACCGUUUCCACUUUAAGUUGACUGACCAAACCAAGGACAGGUAUGAAGUGCCCCAUGAACAUGUACAACCCUUUAAUAAAAAUGCUGCUGCUUCCUUGAACUAUGAAGUUGAGGUCUCUAAACAGCCAUUUAGCAUCAAAGUGACCAGAAGAAGCAACAAUCGUGUUCUGUUUGACUCAAGCAUCGGGCCCCUCCUGUUUGCGGAUCAGUUCCUGCAGCUCUCCAUCCGCCUGCCUAGUGCUAAUGUGUAUGGUCUGGGAGAACAUGUGCACCAACAAUACCGGCAUGACAUGAAUUGGAAGACCUGGCCCAUAUUUACGAGGGACACAACCCCCAAUAAGGAUGGAAAUAACUUGUAUGGUGCUCAGACAUUUUUCCUGUGCCUUGAAGAUGCUAGUGGAUUAUCCUUUGGGGUGUUUCUGAUGAACAGCAAUGCCAUGGAGGUCACCCUCCAGCCUGCCCCAGCAAUCACUUACCGUACCAUUGGGGGCAUUCUUGACUUCUAUGUGUUCCUGGGAAACACACCAGAGCAAGUUGUUCAAGAAUAUCUAGAGCUUAUUGGACGGCCAGCUCUACCUUCAUACUGGGCACUUGGAUUCCACCUCAGCAGGUAUGAGUAUGGAACCCUAGAAAACAUGAAAGAAGUCUGGAACAGAAACCGGGCAGCACAACUCCCUUAUGAUGUUCAACAUGGCGAUAUUGAUUAUAUGGAUGAGAGGAGGGACUUCACGUAUGACCCAGUGGAUUUUAACGGCUUCCCUGAGUUUGUUAAGGAGUUACACAAUAACGGACAGAAAUUUGUUAUCAUUGUGGAUCCAGCCAUCUCCAACAACUCUUCCCAGAGCCAUCCCUAUGGCCCAUAUGACAGGGGCUCUGCUAUGAAGAUAUGGGUGAAUAGUUCAGAUGGAGUGAAUCCACUCAUUGGGGAGGUAUGGCCUGGUAAAACUGUGUUUCCUGAUUACACCAAUCCCAACUGUGCUGUUUGGUGGGCAAAGGAAUUUGAGCUUUUCCACAGUGAAGUGGAGUUUGAUGGAAUCUGGAUUGAUAUGAAUGAAGUCUCCAACUUUGUUGAUGGUUCAGUUUCAGGAUGUUCCACAAACAACCUCAAUUAUCCCCCCUUCACUCCAAGAGUCCUGGAUGGGUAUCUCUUCUCCAAAAGUCUCUGCAUGGAUGCAGUACAGCACUGGGGCAAGCAGUACGAUGUCCACAACCUGUAUGGCUACUCCAUGGCGAUCGCCACAGCAGAAGCUGUCAAGACUGUGUUCCCUAAUAAGAGAAGCCUCAUUAUAACCCGUUCUACCUUUGCGGGAUCUGGCAAGUUUGCAGCACAUUGGUUAGGAGACAAUGCAGCCACCUGGAAUGACCUUCAGUGGUCCAUCCCUGGCAUGCUUGAGUUCAACCUUUUUGGUAUUCCAAUGGUGGGUGCAGACAUAUGUGGCUUUGCACUGGAUGCCCCUGAGGAGCUCUGCAGGCGGUGGAUGCAGCUGGGAGCAUUUUAUCCAUUUUCCAGAAAUCACAAUGGCCGAGAAUACAAGGACCAGGAUCCUGCCUCCUUUGGAGCUGACUCCUUGCUGAUGAAUUCGUCCAGGCACUACCUUAACAUUCGCUAUACUUUAUUGCCUUAUCUGUACACUCUCUUCUACUAUGCUCAUAGCCGAGGGGACACAGUGGCCAGACCUCUUCUACAUGAAUUCUACAAGGACAGUGAAACUUGGGAUGUGCACCGGCAGUUUUUAUGGGGCCCAGGCCUCCUCAUCACUCCAGUUCUGGAUGAGGGUGCAGAGAAAGUAACAGCAUAUGUGCCUGAUGCCAUCUGGUAUGACUAUGAAACUGGGGGCCAAUUGAGAUGGAGGAAGCAAAAAGUUGAGAUGGAAAUUCCUAGAGACAAAAUCGGACUUCACCUUCGAGGAGGCUAUAUCUUCCCCACACAGCAGCCAAGUACGACGACUAUGGCCAGUCGAAGGAACCCUCUUGGUCUCAUUAUUGCCCUUGAUGAGAACAAAGAAGCAACAGGAAAACUUUUCUGGGAUGACGGGGAAACCAAAGAUACUGUGGCCAAUAAAGUGUAUCUUUUAUGUGAAUUUUCUGCCACCCAAAACCGCCUGAAUGUGAACAUUUCACAAGCAACCUACAAGGACCCCAAUAAUUUAGCAUUUCAGCAGAUUAAAAUCUUUGGGACACAGAAACCCAGCAACGUUACAGUGAAACAAAAUGGUGUCCUGAGUCAGACUGUUCCCAAGGUCACAUAUGACGCUCAGCUGAAG